UCUGCUGUCACACGACAACCAUAAGACAAUGACUGUUACUCAAAGUGAAACAUCGAACAAGAUGGCCGCAUCACCUACACCAAGUGAAGAUGGUGUAACAGGGGCACAUAAUGAGAGCGCUUUGCGUGCUUUGAUGAAAAGAACGGUUGCUAUUCAACAAUCAAAUGGACAACGGCGUUUUGGUCCACCACCAAACUGGACGGGCGAGAUACCACCACGAGGUUGUGAGGUAUUUGUCGGAAAAAUUCCUCGAGAUGUGUACGAGGAUGAGCUAGUGCCAGUCUUUGAGACGAUUGGCAAGAUCUAUGAAAUUCGACUUAUGAUGGAUUUUGAUGGUAGAAAUCGUGGUUACGCCUUUGUUGUGUUUACACAGAAGAAAGAUGCACAGGAAUGCAUUAAGAAACUAAAUAACUACGAAAUAAGAAAAGGAAAAAUGUUGGGUGUUUGCUCUAGUGUUGACAACUGUCGAUUAUUUGUUGGAGGAAUACCGAAGAAAGUGAAAAAACAAGAGAUUUUUGAAGAAAUCUCCAAGGUGACAGAAAACGUGACAGACGUUAUAGUGUAUCCAUCGGCUUCAGACAAAACAAAAAAUCGAGGCUUUGCCUUUGUAGAAUACGAGACUCAUCGAGCAGCUGCAAUGGCAAGGAGAAAACUGAUGACGGGAAGAGUACAAUUGUGGGGCCAUCAGAUUGCAGUGGACUGGGCUGAGCCUGAGACAGAAGUGGAUGAAGACAUCAUGUCACAGGUAAAGGUGUUGUAUGUUCGAAAUUUAUUACUGAGUACGACAGAAGAGACUAUUGAAAGAUUAUUUUCGCAAUAUGGCGAGGUUGAACGUGUAAAGAAACUUAGAGAUUACUGUUUUGUACAUUUCAAGACAAGAGAAGAAGCUAGAACUGCCAUUAAUGCAAUGAAAGAUCAACAGAUUGACGGCAGUGAUGUUGAAGUAACUUUAGCGAAACCUGUGGAUAAAGAGCAACGUCAACAAAGAGCAUUGAGUAAAGCUAUGAUGGUCGCUUCAUCUUACACAUAUCCCUCUCCCAAUGAUUAUAUUAUACCCUACACUGGUCCCUCAUAUCCUUAUACUAUCAAUCAACCGUUGUAUCCCUUUGCAACACCCAUGUCAAGCCCACAAAUAAUUAGACCACGUGGUCGAGGAAGAACAGCAGCUGGAAGCAGAGCUGCAGGAACUAAGAACUACGUGUUCCCAGGAUAUCACAGUGGAGUACGACCAUUUUAUGUUCCAACAAAUGGAUACGAUGAAUAUGGAAAGAAGAGAACAUCUGAGGAUCAACUGUUUGAUAUAAUCCCUGGGAUGGAAUUAACGCCAACUAAUCCAAUAACAUUAAAACCACAGAAAACAUCAACUCAGCUACUGGACGAAGUUUGCGUUAAGAACAAUUGGGGAAGUCCUGUGUAUACUCUACACAGUACUCAGGCAUCGAACGCUGAUAUGCAACUUUUCUUGUAUAAAGUCAACAUCCCAGCAUUACCGACUCUUUAUCAGCCUCAAAAACUUUGUCGGAGUGUAGAGGAAGCAAAAGUUUAUGCAGCUGAAUAUGUCUUACAACAACUAGGAAUUUCAUUUGAAGGCCCGGAAUCACCAGUGACAACGGUGGCCGCAGUUGUAUCUACAACAUCCCCCUACGUCACUAGAGCUGUUGGACCAGUAACAUAUGCAGUCACAAAUGGCCGCACAGUUGAUUCGACGGCGUAUCCCAGUUUUAUGCCACUCGCUAGUCCAACAUCACCAGUGCCACAAACAAUCCUAACUAAGGUCACAGGAACAUGGCCAGGUGGUCAAGAUCAGAGUGGAGUAUAUGGGAGCUUUGAAGGAUAUGGUGAUCCUCAGCAAUAUAGUACAGGAAUGUACGCUCAAUAUUAAGAGACGACGCUAUCAUCGUAAGCAAAAGUCCUCAUUCUAUACUUUUCAUUAUUUUAUCAAAAAAUACUUCAUGUUUUUUCACUAAAAAAGUUAAUGCAGAUAAUGUCAAAGCAUUGUGAUGUUAACUACAAUGAAAUUUUCACAUGUAUAAAAAAAUCUCAACCUACUACAUGCUUCAAAUCAAAUGUGCUUGUCGUUAAUCAUUUCCAAAAUUCGCAAAUAUGUUUCGUAGAAAAAAUCAACAUUUGAAUAUUUAAUGAUGAACCAAGGUUACAUCAUAAAUUGUUUUUUAGAAAUCAAAUUACCUCAUAAAGAUUCCAUCACAAUGUUUCGAUGAAUAUUAUCACGCAAAUGCGAUGAAAUAAAGUGAAAAACAGUUGUAUUAAACACCACAAGAAUAUUUAUAUUUCUCACCUUAAAAAGACUUCCACCAUUCCACGUUGUCCUGAAUGAAGACAAUCUUAAUAAAAUAAAAUCAAAUGUUCAAUAAAAUUACUGACCAUAGAGUUUUUGAGCUACAUCAAUCAACAUGAAAAACAAAAAAAUGAUCAUCCAUUCAUCCAUCCGUCAAUACUUAAGUAAUAUCCAUAAGUAAAAAUUACAUAUGACAAAUGAUUUAAAAAAGUAUAAAGCUAGACUAAUGCAGUACACUAAAAAAUUGACAAUGAAAGAUUUCAAGGAGAACUCAAAGAGAACUCUAUGGUCAAAUGGCAGAAUUUUGAUUAAUCAGAAAUAGUAAAUACGUUUGCAUUUCAAAUGCUCUCCAGGAGCAAAUGCACCUGUUAAUUUCAUUUAAUUUUAGGCAUGCAUGCAGCAAAUGUUUAGACAUAAAUCAAAAACUUUGAGUCAACACAAAGCAUUUGCUGCAAUAAAAAUUCACUGUUUGAUUUACUCUUAAUUUGUGUCGUAUCUUUCGUAACGUGUACAAAGCUGUUUUAUAUAUUUACUUUAAAGCUAUAUUUCCAUGUUUUGCUUAGCUGUAAUAUUUAGUCAUUUAUUUACUUAUAUAGUUAUUGUAAAUAUAUGUUGUUAGUUCAAACAAAUCAAAGACAAUUGACUAUUCAAUUAGUAAUGAAAGACAUUUUACAGCUGUGAAAAUGUAUAAAGUAUGAAUAGGAUAAGAUUUCACAAUAGUCAAUUGUCUUCUAUUACAUGGGCAGGGCCCACGAGAAUAUGUUUUUAAUCAAUUCUCAUUUCAACUAAUGAAUUCACAAGGACUUCAAAAAUGAGCAAAAUGACAUGGUCAAAGAUAUCAACUUAUAUUUAAGUUGGCAUGAAAAAGAAUUUAUGUAUUUAGACAAAAAGUUUAUCAUUUAUACAUAAGAAAAAGAUCAAUAUAUUAUCUACAAUAAUCAACUAUUUGCCAUCAUGAUCAUUGUUCAUAUUGUUCAUUACUUGAAACUCUUGAAGCAAUAAGCUUACGCCUGAUUUAAAGUUUCUUGGGAAACUGACCAUGAUUAGCCAAUAAUUACAUUCUAGCUGGCAGGGAAGCAGGAUGUCAAGUCUUGUGAUAUUUAUUGAAAAGAUCUAAUGAACCAAUAAUAACCCCAGACGAUUUAAAUUAUAGUCAAGCUGUAUAUUGUCAUCACUCAAUAUAUGUUGUAAUGAGAUGAUUUGCCAAAGAAUUCAUGGUUGUUCAAGAUCUAGGUCCCGUACAUAUUUGAACAUCAUAUUAACAAUAUCAAAUAAAUAUGUAAAUCCAAUGUAAUCGCCCUUAAAAUAACUUCAACACAGUUUCUGAGGUAGCUAGACCAUGAAUGACAAUCAAAAAAAGGGCUGUGAAAUAGUGCUGCCAAAUUAGAGAAAGUGAGCUUUGGUUUUACAUUGGAAUUUACAUUUUGUAAAUUGACUAAACUCUAGAAUUACUUUAUUCUCCAAGUUUAUAGAUGCAAUGAAUACUUAGUCAAAGCUUGUCUUUAUUGUAUAUUCCUCUAUGUUUUGCUAAAGCAGUGAAUCUUACUAUUAAAUGUCAAUACUCUUUAGUAAAGUGAAAAGAAAACUAUA